GGGUAGAGGAGGGUACAGAUUCAGAGCAGAGUAAAGAAAAAGGGGAAGAGCUAUGUGUAGGGAUUAGUGCAGGAGUUAAGCAGGGUACAGAGGAAGAAUGUGAUGCAGGGACAGAGAGGGUUACAGAGACAGCACUCUCUUCCAACAAUACAGAGACAGCACACUCUGCCAACAAUACAGAGACAGCACACUCUGCAAACAAUGCAGAGACAGCACUCUCUGCCAGCGAUACAGAGAUAACACUCUCUGCCAGCAAUACAGAGACAGCACUUUCUGCCACUGAUACAGAGACAGCACACUCUGCCAGCAAUACAGAGACAGCACUCUCUGCCAACAAUACAGAGACAGCACUUUCUGCCAGCAAUACAGAGACAGCACUUUCUGCCAACAAUACAGAGACAGCACACUCUGCAAACAAUGCAGAGACAGCACUCUCUGCCAGCAAUACAGAGACAGCACUAUCUGCCAGCGAUACAGAGACAGCACACUCUGCCAGCAAUACAGAGACAGCACUUUCUGCCAACAAUACAGAGACAGCACACUCUGCCAGCAAUACAGAGACAGUACACUCUGCAAACAAGGCAGAGACAGCACACUCUGCCAGCAAUACAGAGACAGCACUUUCUGCCACCGAUACAGAGACAGCACCCUCUCCCAGCAAUACAGAGACAGCACUCUCUGCAUGUAAUACAGAGACAGCACACUCUGCCAGCGAUACAGAGAUAGCACUCUCUGCAUGUAAUACAGAGACAGCACACUCUGCAAGCAAUACAGAGACAGCCCCCUCUGCCAGCAAUACAGAGACAGCACUCUCUACCAGCGAUACAGAGACAGAACCCUCUGCCAGCGAUGCAGAGACAGCACACUUUGUCAGCGAUACAGAGACAGCACCCUCUGCCAGUGAUACAGAGAUAGCACCCUCUGCCAGCGAUAAAGAGACAGCACAAUCUGCCAGUGAUACAGAGACAGCACCCUCUACCAGCGAUAAAGAGACAGCACAAUCUGUCAGUGAUACAGAGACAAAACCCUCUGCCAGUGAUACAGAGACAGCACAAUCUGCCAGUGAUACAGAGACAGCACUCUCUGCCAGCAAUAAAGAGACAGCACCCUCUGCCAGUUAUACAGAGACAGAACCCUCUGCCAGUGAUACAGAGACAGCAGAAUCUGCCAGCGAUACAGAGACAGCACUCUCUCCCAGCGAUACAGAGACAACACACUCUGUCAGUGGUACCAGAACAUCAUGUGUUGAAGGUUCAGUGUUCCCUAUGACCAGGUCAGGUAGCGAACUCACAGAGAGGAAGAUAGCGAUCUGCUUCUGGAACAAACAGACUGACCUCUCAUGGUUGGCCAACGAGCUGAGCAUGUAUUCCUCCAUCAUGACAUCAGAUUUAGUGAGCUGUGUCCCCAUGUUUAUCAUUACAGAGAAGCAGGAGAGGAAUGAAAUACUCAACAAAUCCCAAUUCAUCAUUUGUUACUGUAACCAGUCACAGAUAUACCAGAAUGAUGUGGAGAGUUUCCUGGACCUUUGUGUAGACAAGAAAGGUAGCCAAGGCCUGGCUGUGGUGAUUGAUGACAUGAAGGAUGAAUACGCCAUAGAGGAGAUGAGCGACCGGUGGAGACGAAAACGGUUUUCAUGCUGGGAACUUCUGCUUUUUACCAAAAAUAACCUUGAUUUUAUUAACCUUCAUAAAUCACAAUCAUGGAAAAGCACGCAACAGGAGCUAGACGAGAUUCUGAAGGCAGAGGAGAACAAGGGUCUGGGGGUUAUUGAUGAUCAGGAACUGAUCAGGAUCCCGAACAAAUUGUCUAACACGAAUAUCAAACGCAGGACAGAAAAAGUAUCAGGUUUCCAGAAAUUCUGUCAACAUUAUAAUAGAGGAACUAUAGAACGGAUUCACAGACAGCUGUCCAAGCUGGAAACGUUGGUGUCUGACAGAGUAAACGAUUGCAAAAAUGAAGAGAACUUAUCGAGUUACACAGAAAUGUCAUCUCGUCUUAAGGAACCAUACAGUCUGCAACAACGUCAAAAGGACAGUGAAAUACCGAAAAUAAAAUUUACCAAAAAGGAAAGAGAAAAACGCCAGGUGAUAAAUAAUGAUGUUCAGGGGUCGGGCUUACCUGUUGGGAUCUUCUCGCGAUCGGCUGAGAGUGAUUAUGAAUGGCUUCAGACAUUGUUGAGUACUGAGCGAUUCGGAGAUCAGGGUUUAGACGUUCAGUCUUUUUACAUUUCGAACAAUGGAAUGUUACAGUUUAUAGAAAACCUUUCUAAGUGCAAAGCCGGAAUAUUGUAUCACACCAAGAACAGCGGUAGAAUAAAUAUUACCAAUGUGAUGGACUCUCUCUAUGACAUGGAGCUGAAAUUGAUGUCUGACAUGCUCGGGAGGGACAAGGUCUUUGUGGUGAUCGAUGACCUGGAAAACAGUAGCGCUGAAGAGAAGCUCCGGAUCCUGAGAACCCAGCCUCGUAUUGGGGAAUACGCUGCUGAUGUCGUCCUUGUCACAGAGAUUGAGAAGAUGGAUAGGGAAAUCCUGCUUAGAAAACUUGAGAGGACAAUAAUUAGCCAACAAGAGAAAGAGACAAUGAGCCUGUGAUCAGUUUCUGAUGAUAAAUGGCAGCACUGUCCAAUGAUCCACCCCCCCCCCCCCAGAUGAAUGACCUUACAGAGAACAUGUUAAAGUUUAAUAAUCUCUGGAUUUAUCAGAUACAAAUGGAAACAC